AUGGAGACGCGUAGAGCCGACGCACUCAGAGACCUUGGUCAGGUCCCCGAGGUUUCUUUGGAGUAUUACAAGCGAUCUAUUCUUCCACAUGUUGCCUAUCGAGACCAUGUUGAAGAGAUCAUUCAUGUUCUCGAGGACGAUGGGGUACUGAAGGUAUUCGAAGGCGAAUCCCGAACACGAUGGGCGGAUUUCCCUAAUGACCCCAAGCAUAGCGGCAUUGCAGAAAACGAAACAUUCAAGUAUAUGGCGACUAUUGCAGCAGCUAUCGUCAAAGCGGCUCAGCAGAAGGGCACAAUGAUUCAUUCGCCUCCGAUGGACACUAUAGACUUCUCCGAUCCAGAUGUCCCAAGUACAUUCCAAACGCGAGGUCUAGUACGGUUGUGGACGCGUCUACUGACUUGGACACCUCUUGCCUGCGAUCGGCCAGCGCUAGAAGAAUACAAGCGUGGCGACCACAAUGACGACCAAAAUGAUAAUGUCGCAAAAUUGGUUGGGAACGUGUCUCAAGCUAUGUAUGAUGACCCUACUCGUCGCUUCAUGUUUGGAACGACUAUUGAAAAUGCGACGGCUCGUUUCUGGUUCUUCUCCCGAGCCAUCGUCCUUGUAUCUGAAUCAUUCAACUUCGUCAAGGACUGCAACCAUUUGUUCCAGCAUGUGCUUUCCUUGUCCUUUGCGACUGAAGAAGAACCUGGCUAUGAUCUAUCCGUUACCCGUAUCGCUUAUCCCCUUGACGAAAAUCCCUCAGCACACAUCAUCCAAUAUGAUUAUCGUGUAGGCGAGAACACAUACCGGACCAUUGAAUGUCUCACCUCGUUCCGCGCAAGUGGCCUUCUGUCUAAUGUGUGGAUACCUUCUGACGCUAAAACGGAACUCGAAAUCCAACAAGAGAUAUUUCGUAGUAUCGAGGAGAACUGUCUAGACAUUGACAGAGAAUAUCGAAAGCAUUUUAUGGAUGUUUUGCAGUGCGGUGUGGUGCAGACCUCUCAGAACCACGACGACGAUAUGCCGGUCAUUAAAAGAUCUGCCGGUGUGCCUACGGGUGGGUGCUACGUUAAACUAAAGGCUACUUCGGAAUUGGAACGUCUUUACAAAAGCAGGAAACACGUUCGAGUAGUGUUUGAAGAUGUCGGAGUGCCUCUUAGCAAAGUGCGGCAGCAUGAUGUCUUGUUCACGGCUCUCGCAAACGCACUGAAAGGUCUUCAAUACAUGUUUAUGGGCCAUUACGUUCAUCGGGAUAUUUCCGCCGGCAAUAUCCUUCUGUGUGAUGGAAUGGCGAAGAUAUCUGACCUUGAAUACGCCAAGAAGUUCCCAUCUGGCCCAAAAGACGAUCCGAAAACAGGCACUCCGGUCUACAUGGCCGUAGAGGCGCAAGAUAGAAGAUAUUUCCUCACUGUCGAAGAGCCGAAGCCGGUGCGCGGGGAACCUCCUCAGCCUCCGGUGCGUUCGAUCUUUUGCACAAUCACCUACACGACGUGGAAUCACUUUUCUGGAUCGCUUGCGGAGUGUGGACUGCAAGGCCAGUUAUUCAACGCCAUUUUUCCCCGCUGUAUGGACGGUGGAACUGCUCGCCGUCGCCUGUUUUUCUCUGCGGAUUUCCAGGACGCGGAGGAUAUUUUAUCUGUGGAAUACAAGCCUGCCCUGGAGCAGUUUAUUUACCUGCGGAGCGCCCUGGCCUACAAGUACAACCAAAAUUUCGACUCGGUCUAUGCCACGGACGAUCCUGACAUGGUUGCUUUUCAAGCUUUGGUUGAUGCAGCAUAUAAUGGUGAUACGCAGCUGUUACCCGAAGACAUUGGUAUCAUCGUACCAUGGCGGGCACUAGUCUUUAGAGAAGAGAACGGCGAUCGGGCAGGCAAUAGAAUUUAUGCUGAUGAUGGAUCAGGCCGUUCAGGCUGUGGACAUGACGAGGAACCACCUCACAAGAAGCGGCGUGCAGGAGGGAAUGCGAAAGAGAGGAAUUUAUCUCUCGAGUUGUCUCGAAGAGUAGUGUGAUGUUGACUCCGGGAAAUGAGAGUGGUUAUCUUGAACUACGGUUCUUUCAUAAGUCGAGCGGGUGGGAAGGACGUUUAUUCAGCUGCCAUUGGAUUCGCCGGGUUCAUAGGUCUACAUUGCCUCGACACCUCCCACGCAGUGUCACACACCAUUCUAUCUUGCCUUCAUGUUUUGUAGGUUCUUAUCCAAUGUCACUUCUCGUUACUUGGUUAUUGCGGGUUCCUAUGUCUUGGAAGCUCUCCUGGUCGGUGUAUCGUCUAAAGGGGGGAAAUUGGGACUCCAGAGAGAGCCAUGUCCAAUUCUCAAGUCUGCUAUGCAGUGGCUGACCACGUUGACCAGUUA